UAUCCUUUAAUAAUGAAAAGCAAAAAAAAUUGAAUUUGAUAGUUAAUGAGUUACAAGUUUAUAUGUAGGUACAGAACCAUUGAAUUGAAAUCAAAAUGUACAAACUACUUUACAAAACUGCAGUGACAAUUAAUACCUUAGACUUAUAACUCUGCUAUCGACACGGAAUACUCGUCAUUUAAGAAGUUCAAGCGAUAAGCACGAACGGACACACACGUCAGUACAUUUUGAGAUAAAGAAGACACCUGCUUAACAAUGUAUGUAUAUAUAUAUAUAUAAGAAAACAAUCCUUUGUUUUGCAAACCACUCGUUAUUGCGACAUAGUUAUCAUGUCCACUAAUAAAAAGAUUUGCAUGUUAUUAUUUGUGUUGUUCUGUGAAGCUAUUGCGUUGGAAGGGCCAAUACAAAAGGCGUUGCAAACAGCUGAGAACCAACUGAGAAAUGGACCAUUGUCUUCUGUCAUUGGACAAGGUCUUGGUCAGAGUCUGGCGCAAAGUUUGGGUCAUGGACUUGGGGGUUUAGGGCAGGGAUUGGGCCAAGGUCAGAGCGGCCCCGGCUACCAGACCAUGGUCAUAUACAACGAAAUCAUGAGACAAUAUUACGAAGUGGUGAAACGAUAUCUAGACUACAAGAACAGGAAUAUUAACACUAACGGCAUUCAAAACCCAGAAUUUCGUUACCUGGAGGAAUUGCUAAGCAAAAUGAGUUUGAUUGAACUAAGAAAAUUAUUAGCACUACUUGGAAAUCAAUAAAAAAUUGGUGUCACACAUCUGCUCAACCAUUCAGUCUGUCUAGACCUCUGACCACCCCGCUGCAAGCAAGAAAUACAAUUUCAAAUAUUGGUCAUACGAGAAAUUUAAUUCCCGCCAAUAACCGACCAUUUAAUAACAAUUUAAUGAACACAAACAACAAUAAUUUAUUUAAUCAAAAUUUAGGUAAAAGAAAUGUUGUAGCUAAUAAUCUAAAUGCCAAUCCAAAUUUAGUGGAAGCAAAUUUAGGCAACAUUAAUUUGGCAAACGGGUUUAAUUUAAAUACUGGCAAAUUUAUGCCAGUCAAUAAUCCAGUUUUGGCACAGGCACUGGCACGCCAGAACUGUGGCGUGCAAAUAUUGGCGGAUGCGCUACAAGUGGCUGGCAACAUUAAUGUGAACGGGCAAUAUCCAAUU